AUGUUGCCGGAAGCUUUGAUUAAAGCUAUUCUACUCAGCGGUAAAGGUGGCAGUGGUGUUGGUGUUGGAGGAGAAGGAGAAGGUAGAUGGCGCUCAAGAGUGUGGAGACCAAUGGGGGGAGGGGGAGAUGAUAAUGGAUCAGGAUGUAAGCCUGUGGGGAACUAAAAGGCUAGCGUCCUGUAAAAAGGAGCACUCGGGAGAGGUCAACGCCGAGGGGGUGGAUCAAUGCACUAUGGAAAGAAUAAAUUAGGAGAAAUGGCAUAGUCAAUUCAAGAACCUGAGUAAUACUUAAAAGAUGGCUGCGUAAAGGCGUGUAUGUUUAAUUAAGAUGCUUUGAAAAUAUUGACAGAAUGAAGCCUCAAAGGAAACGUAUGAAACAUAACCUAUGUUUUUGUAAGUCACUAAGGACUUUAAAAUUUUCUGUUUUCAAGCGUUUGGAAUUCUUCGGCGACUUCAGAAAGACGCGUUUUAAAUAUGAGUGAUACUCAGUCCAUUUAACAAUCUAAUUCCUCUUCAGAAGAGAAAAGAGGAAAAACAAAAAAAAAGAGAAAAGAAAAAGAAAUUUGCUUGCAUUUUGAUUUUUUUUAGAACUAAAAAAUCAUGAUACCAAUGCAGCCGUGCAAACCAACACCCUUCUGUAACAGACCCAGUGGAACACACAAUGAAACCCUACCCUACCCAGUGCAGUAUUUUGGCCUCUUCGGUAUCUGACAAAUAGUUUGUUACUACCUAUAUUUUGCUUCCUCGGCCACUUUCUAUUGUGACUUCUACAAAAAAAGUGCACAUCAGAGGGAUGCAGGUACUUGAGAUUGCAUAAAAAAGUGCAAAUCGUUUAAUUAGUUAUUCUACCCACAGCAAUAUGUAAAAGGUUUUCAAAGGUUUCAUACCGGUAAGGAUGUAAGGCCUGCCCCCCUUUUAGCUUUUAUGGGAGAUUCACAACUAAGAAAAAAAGAAAAAUAAACCAACCUGGUGACGUUUUCCCCCAGAACCCGCGGUGAAGAUAUAGAUUCCACUGGGUCUGUUACACAGGGGUGUAAAGCACGCACUAUUUUCUCACCCGCGCAAAGUAACACCAAAACGAUUCUUACUAAACUAAUUUUUUGGGACGUGUUGUAAACUGAGAACUUGAAAAGGGAGAUAAGUUAAUAAUGAUAACGAUAAUGAUACUGUACGAGAUAGCAUGGCGGUACCAAAAGCUAUCCGAUAUAGCGUGAGUGGGAAUAUAUAUCUGGUAUAUUGAGCAUAGCCUAAAACGAAUCUUUUUAGAACUUUGUAGUUAAUUCUUCAAGGUUGUAAAUAAAUAGAAAGCAAUGCUGAAAAAAAAAAAAAUCAAGAAACCUUGAUCAAACAGUAGAAGCGAUUCCUUCUGGUUCGAUUUUGUCUAGGUGGGACGUAAAACAAGUUAUGGGUCGAUGAGAACCGAUGAUAACUGACAAGAGUGAUACAUUCAAUUGACAGUCACGUGGUAUAAACUGGCGCUGUUAAGCUGAACCGACUGAAAGCGAGCUAGACCUGAGUAAAACAAACACGAUAAAUAGAAAUAAAUCAAUAAAACUUGAAAUUUUCCCGAAGACGAACGUGAUUUCACAAACAAAUUGUCUUCUAAUUAUGCAAACCGUCUGUAUGGAAGAAAAACAUACACUGGAAAGCCCUUUAAAGAUUUUAUUGUUUUGGAAAUUUUGAGAUAUUUUGACAGGACAUAUCGAUCGAUUCAGCAUGUGUAAGAAAACAUAUUGCAAUUUGUUUACCUUGUUUAUUGGUAUUUAAACACCUUUUAUUUCACUUGUUUAUAGCGAAGACAUUCUUCAAUCAAUCGACUCCAUUCAUCACAUAACUGUAAAAAAAAAACUAAAAGGGAUUUGAGUCCCCGGUCAGGUUAAGCUAGACAGGCCAAGGAGUAAAUUUUAGUUUUAGUCCGGCUUUGCUCAUGGUUUUAAAUCUUUCGUUCCUGUUUUUGGGAGUACUGUGUACUUCUGGUAAGUCACUUGCCGACAAAGAUAUAUGACUUUAAAAACGUUAUAUUUUUAACAGCCCUGAUUCCACGUCAGAACUGAUAAUCAGGGAAACGAAUUAGGUGUAUAGCCAAUGUACACAGCAGAAAAAAGACUGCCCCCGUAAAGCGAGAGUCUUCGCAAAUACAGCUGUAUACAUGUAACGCAUUUUAGUGUACUAACAAUUUUCAAUAUUUAAACAUGUCCAUAUUUAUACGAAUGGUUGAUUGCAAUCAUUUAAAUAUUUAACGCUAAGAAAUCUCUUAAAUAACUUUCAGUAAUCUUUAUAACACAUAACCUUUUUCUUUCAGGAAUCCGCAUAGUCUUCGGUAAGAUGAAAGUGUUUAUGGGCGAUCAUUAACUGUGUUUCUUAACCCUGCCCCUGGCCAGCAGCAAGCUCUCCAAGGAUCGGUGGCACUCAAGAACUGUUUUUUCUAAAUAUCCCUUAGAAGUAACAAAUAUAGCCUUAAAUUUUCUGUAUCUUGAGGGCAGCUAAAAAUUUCAAGAUGACCGUUACAUUUAUAUACGAUUUUCGAAGCUUAUCUAACAAAUUGUUUUAUUCCCUACGAUUAUAUGAAGUUCAGUUUUUCCCAUUUCCCUCAAAAUUUAAACUAUAUUUCGUGGAAAAAGAAAAACUAUCAUUUUCCGAUUCGAAGAUGUCAUGGUGAAAGGAAUCAGAAAAGUUCUGAUACCUUAUUGCAUGUAAAAUUUUCUGUGGAAUAAUACUGAAGGCCUUUUUAUAUCGAAAAGGCUCAGGUUGCCCUAGGAUGACCGAACAGAUAUAAAUUUACUAGCACCCCAUUGAAUUCAUUUCUGGACAAUCUACAAGUACUGUAUAUAGCCUAAAAACUCUUUUCAAUAUAUUUAAGCGUAAGCCAUCGUUUGGUGCCCCUGAUGAAUAUUGUCGUGAUAGGUCACGCGCGGGUUACGCGCAAAAAGUGUGCAAAAGGAAACAGAAAGAGUGAAAGGAGCCGAUCGUCCAAACUCCCUCGCCUGUCGAAACUGAGCUUGUUUGCAUGCUAGAUAACAGCUCCCAAGAGAAGUAGCCAUUGCCCAAAUCACACAUGAAGGAAUAUUCCCUUAUUCUAGAUUUCACUCUUAGAAUUUAAGGCUGAUUCACGGGGGGAUUCCAAAAAGUUUAAUUUUAUACGGGGAGGUUCCGCUACCAAGUCCGACCCCAUUCGCUUUUAUUUACCUGGAAAGAUACAGCGUCACGUUUCGUAUACCUGCAAUUGACAAAUGCUAUCCCUUUCACAUUUCUAAUUUAGAACAUCUCUUUCAACCACUGUAAAAGCACUGCCUCACAAGUAUGAGUAAAUCGCAAAACCAGAACAAUUUCUCGUCUUUUUCUCAGCCAUGAAAUGCAUCUGUUAGGUCUUUGAGCCUUUUUACCAACCAAAAUGAGAAUUUUCCCCACCUUUUUCUAUACCGUCUUUCAACAAGUGCAAUCUCUAUCUUUUCAAAUUCCUAAAGCCUGAAAAAGAUCUCUCUUUCGGGCGGAGGCUGCCCGUAUAGGCCAUUAUAGAGAUUAUCCACCUCCCUGAUGUCUAACACAUACUAGACGCCAGCAGAAGCACGGUUACUUGCCCCAGAACCUCUUUGAUAAAAUCAGGAAAAAAAUCAUUCUUGAUUCUAGAUGUUCUGAAUAUCAUUUGAGUGGGAGUAGGUGAGAAGGCUGACAGCUGAGGAUUGGCCAAAUUAUGCACUUAUGCCCAUGUGAGCGUUGUGUGAAAGAGCUGCUUGAUUGUGUUUCAGCCGAACACCUUCCGAAUGAAUAAAACGGAGUGAAAGAGGUUUAAAGUCCCCAAGGCACUCAAGAUAUGACUACCUAAUUAAAUUUGCAUAUUUUGUAAAAUGCUAUUUAAACCGGAUUGCUUCCAUCAGUGAUCCUAAAAAGUGAACUUCAAAUGUGGCUCAAUGAAAAAAACACGUAAACGCGAUUUCAAAUAACUCGUGACAUCAAACAGUAGAAGCGAUUCCUUCUUGUUCGAUUUUGUCUUAGUGGGAUGGAAAACAAUUUAUUAAUAUUUAUUGAUUCCCAAGCCUUGCCAGUGCCAUUUUGUUACCCUUGUUUCUUCUCUCUAAUAAAAAGUAUGAAAAAUUAAGCUUAAAUAUCCGAGUCACCGGAGUCUAAAAAGGCAUAUUGUGUUUUUAUAUGGGUCGAUGAGAACCGAUGAUAACUGACAAGAGUGAUACAUUCACUUGACAGUCACGUGGUAUAAACUGGUGCUGUUAAGCUGAACCGACUGAAAGCGAGCUAGACCUGCGAAAAACAAACACGAUAAAUAGAAAUAAAUCAAUAAAACUUGAAAUUUUCUCGCAGACGAACGUGAUUUCACAAACAAAAUGUAUUCUAAUUAUGCAAAGCGUCUGUAUGGAAGAAAAACAUACGUUGUGUAGAGGGGGACUUCUACAGACUUUAGGAUUACGUGAAGGGAGGUGACACAACCAGAGUUUGGCAGUUGACGAUGGUUUUAAUCUUUCCGUUGAAGUUACAAACUCCUCUUAGCUAUCUCGGAUCUUAAGGCGUAACUGAGAAGUUACUCACAAGAGGUUCUAUUUAUAUUGAACGAUUAAGUUAAUUGAUUCUUUUUACAGUUUUACAUGGCAUUCAUAUGCAAGGAAAAGGUGUUAGUAAGUAUCAGAGUUUAGAAAACAAAAGGAACUGAAAUUGAGUUGAUUCCCACUACACGUGGAAGAAAUCUGCAAAACUAGAAAUAUCUCUAUACCCAAAUCCUUUACAGGGAACCAAAACGAUAGUUUGAAAGAAACUAAAUCUUUCCAAGAUUGUGUCGAAAGAAAUUCUAGUUUGAGGUCAGAAAAGUAAGUGAAAUUGGGCUAAAACUGGUUUAACAGAGAACAAAGAACUCGAAAGGUGUUAGGACGCGUGGCCUUAGGUUAGAUUUUAAUGAGAUAAGGAAAUCUGAUUAUGAUUCAAGUUUGAAAGCGAAAGUGAGAACCAACUCCAGGUUUAAGUAAACGAACUUCGUUAACAGGAAACGCUUGUUUUCCCAUUCCACAGCUGAAUACAUCUACCUAUUUCUAUCUUUUGAACUUGUUUCUGUGUUUCUGAAUAAGCUUGAAGAGGUGUUUCUUAACCUCAGUUAAACCUUUAGUUGUGAAAGACUGAGACUACACUUAUGAUGUUUCCUGCAAGUACCGUGCGUCCAACUUCUAUUUUUGAUUGAUCCCAACACCAAAGAGGUGCAAAAAUCUUUUAUCAAAGGACUUGACUGACCAGCAAAGGUUUGCUAGUAAAAUCUAAAGUGUAUCCAGCUGUUCUGACAGCUUGUAAACACCAUCCUUUGUCCCUUAACAAAAGAUAUUUGAGAUAUGGUGGAACUUUUGAUUUCUGAACCCACCUAAAAACAAAUUUAUUUAUAUAAUAUAUAUCCCUGAAUAAAGUUAAAAUGCCCAACACCGAAAUAAAUAGAAUAAACUGAAUAAAUAUUAAUGAUUACGAAGAGAAGCGCAUACAAUAAAGCAGACUGAGCAAAAAUGUACCCGGCUAACAAUUGGAAAGUCCUUUAAAGAUUUUAUUGCUUUGGAAAUUUUGAGAUAUUUUGACAGGACAUAUCGAUCGAUUCAGCAUGUGUAAGAAAACAUAUUGCAAUUUGUUUAUGUUGUUAAUUGGUAUUUAAACACCUUUUAUUUCACCUAUUCACCUGUUCAUAGUGCAGACAUUUUUCAACCAAUCGACUCCAUUCAUCACAUCGCUAUAAAAAAGACUAAAACGGACUGGAGUCCCCGGUCAGGUUAAGCUAGACAGGUCAAGGAGUAUAUUCUAGUUUUAGUCCUGCUUUGCUCAUGGUUUUAAAUCUUUCGUUCCUGUUUUUGGGAGUACUGUGUACUUCUGGUAAGUCACGCAUAACAACGAAUUUUAACCCUGAAAUUGUCGUCAGUAUAAAGGACUUUUUAACCGCGUUAUUUUAUAUACACUGAGAGGAUAACAUCGUGCGCAAUGACCAAGGCCAAACCAGUUGGAGACGACUUUCAGUCGACUGCUCUUCGGUCGACCGAUGAUCGAUGAUGAUGAUAUACACUGAAGCCUGACUUCUCAAGGGAAAACUCGUUACAGUUUACACUAGCCGACAAAGAUAAAUGACUGUAAGGUCGUUAUAAUUUUUAACCGCCCUGAUUCCACGUCAGAACUGAUAAUCAGGGAAAGGAAUUAGGUGUAUAGCCAAUGUACACAGGAGGGAAAAGACUGCUCCCUUAAAGAGAGCGUCUUCGCAAAUAUACACGUAACCCAUUUUAGUGUACUAAGAAUUUUCAAUAUUUAAACAUGUCCAUAUUUAUACGAAUGGUUGAUUGCAAUCAUUUAAAUAUUUAACACUAAGAAAUCUCUUAAAUAACUUUCAGUAAUCAUUAUAACACAUAACCUUUUUCUUUCAGGAAUCCGGAUAGUCUUCGGUAAGAUGAAAGUGUUUAUAGGCGAUCAUUAACUGAGUUUCUAACCCUGUCCCUGGCCAGCAGCAAGCUCUCCAAGGAUCGGUGGCACUCAAGAACUGUUUUUUCUAAAUAUCCCUUAGAAGUAACAAAUAUAGCCUUAAAUUUUCUGUAUCUUGAGGGCAGCUAAAAAUUUCAAGAUGACCGUUACAUUUAUAUACGAUUUUCGAAGCUUAUCUAACAAAUUGUUUUAUUCCCUACGAUUAUCUGAUCGAAGUUUAAUUUUUCCCAUUUCCCGGUUUGCUUCCAUCAGUGAUCCUGAAGAGUGAACUUCAAAUGUGGCUCAAUGAGAAAAACACGUAAAACGUGAUUUCAAAUAACACGUUACAUUGCUUCGUCAGUGACGUCACAAAACACGUUUUCCUUAACGGGGAAGGGUUCCAAACCUUAGUCUUAGGAAUUUUCACCACCAAAAUGUUACAUAAACAGUGUAAAUCGUAAAUCGCCUUGUGUGGUUGGAAAUUAGCCAAUUAGCUAAUUAACAAGUCACGUGACCCUUUUCCCUCUAUUUACCGUUUCCUAUAUAACGUAAACAUACAUACAAGGCGAAUUUUUCAGAACCUUUCAAUAGCCUCUAAAAUGUACCUAAAAGAACUUGUUGCUCUUUUAUUAUCCUUUCCCCAUUUUAGAGUAAAUAUUUUGACCGUUAAUUCUCGUGACGAAAAUUUGAACUCGCAAAAUGUCUCAUAUUGCUAAUGCCAUUAAGCUUCAUUAGUAUUCCAAUUUUCAGGAUCAAUAAUAGGAACAAACCGUUCUAAAUAGCAUUUUUUCAAAAUAUGCAUAUUAAAUUAGAUAGUCAUGCCUUAAGGUGGCUCGACUGGAUUUUUUUGGGGGGAUACCUCCCAAGUUUGAGCUUUAACUUCUUCAGCAUGAGUAAAGAUAUGGGAAAAAAAUUGCACAGCUGUUUUAUAUAAAGAUGAAAAUUUCUUAUGACCUGGGUUUUAUUGCAAUCGAAGGCGCCAUGGCAACGUAAUGACGCCAUUACGUUUUUUAUUUAUCUUUGUGUUUCUCUGUACUAGGAGUUCCUUUGGAGAAAUCGCUUAAAGGAGUAUGUACACUUGACCCAGGGUCCCUUUUCAUGCAAAUUCUAUUAUUUGGCUUGUUGUGCAUGUGCAUUUGAAACUUGAAAACAAUGCCAGUGAAUAAUGAGGACGCUCACUUGUAAACACAAAAUCUGGGCUAAUUGUGUGGAUAGCAUGCUAUUUCACUGUUUUUAUGAUUCUUAAAACUUUGUUUCAAAAUAUUUCCAAAAUGCUCUCAUAGAAUUUGUUCAAACUUUGCCACAAUUGAGUCAAUUAUGGCAGGUACGUACUCCUUUAAGCGAUUUUCUCCGGCUACAGAAAAACACAAAGAUAAAUAAAAAACGUAAUGGUGUCAUUACGUUGCCAUGGCGACUUCGAUUGCAAUAAAACCAAGAUCAUAAGAAAUUGUCAUCUUUAUAUAAUAAUACAGUUGUGGUAAACUUUUCCCCAUAUCUUUACUUAUGCCGACCUAUUCAAUGCUCAAACUUGGGAGGUAUCCCCCCCUAAAAAAUCCAGUAGAGCCAACUUAAGUGGCCUAAGUCUGUUCCUACCGACUACCGUUAACGUCUUUCCAUAACUCAGUCCAUUGUAAUUAUACCUAAACUCUGUACAAAACAUUUCAUUAUAUAAGGUUUCCACCUCUACGUUAGGUCAAGCCCUCUUGUUGCCGCUGCCAUACCAUUAACACUGAUCAAUUCAUAGCUCUGCAAGGGUUUAUCAUUUUACUAGCAAAUACGUUCUGAGUAUCUCUGGGCACUCGAUGCCUCUCAGAUACUUGUCCCGCGCAUUCCUGAUGUUGUAAAUGACGGUAAAACAUGUAUCCUGUAUUUAGCUUCCUUUGGAGAUGAAGGUUUGGAGGCUCACAACAAGUACCGCAGGAUCCAUGAUGCACCAGCCAUGAGGUUGAAUGAUGAUAUGAGCCAGCAGGCCACAGCUUAUGCCGGGCGGCUUGCACGCAUGGGUAAACUUAAGCACUCCAGUUCCCGUGAGAGGCCAGGUCAAGGCGAGAACCUCGCUAUGUCAUGUGGCUAUGGAGGCCUCUCAGGGCAAAGAGCUACUGAGAUGUGGUGGGUAUUUUGAUGCUACUGGACAUUUUUCACACUAUACAUUCUACAUGUACAGGAAAGGAAAGUAUUACACCUUCAGGCGCGUUCUAUAGGUGUGCACUUCUUUAUUGCGCAUGUCAUUUAUGUCGCAAGGUCUCGCCACUCCAUCCAUCGGAAAAGCGUCGUAAAAAUCAAAGUUUUGUCCCGAUAUUUUUAUUCCGUCCAGCUGACUAUCAUUAUGGAAGUGUUCAGACUGAGUUGAUUUUAAAGGGGGGGAAUUUGAUUCGCCCUUGACAGUUCUCAUUAAUAGUAUGCCUUAGCGGUUUAGAUUAUACCACUAAGCAGAAAUGCAGUAAAACACCAAAGGGAUUGUGAAAAUCAAUUGACCACGUUCUCCUGGAGUGUCCGACGGACAAUUUUGCAGAAAGGAUAGAAGUUUCUUUUUCUUAAAAAUCGACUUUAAGGCUUUGCAAACAAUACAAACGAGAAUUUCAGCUAUGCAGGGUCCUACAUCGCGAAUGCUAACCUUCAAACAAUAACUCUGAACUUCUGAGAUGGUUGGUUUUCGGUUGGAUUCAAGACUAAUAAGAACAAGCGUAUCUCUUCAAUAAGCGACUUUUUGUAAGCUAGUUCGGCACAAAAAUUUGUAUUGUUUUGACCUCCAACAUGGCCGCUUAGUCACCUGUUAGCAAGCCAAGGAGACAUCAACGACACUACAAAAGUUGCGAAAAAUAUGAGAGUCUCGAAAAAUCUCAUGGCUGUCGCAAAAAUAUAUUAAUGAAAUUUAAAACAAUUUCACUUACGCAAGGCCAUCACAAAAAAGCCAAAAAAGGACUUUCUUUCUUAACGUAUUACUGUGCUUCACUAUAUUUUCACAGGUACAAAGAAGUGUGUAAGUUCAACUUUGACAAUCCCGGAUGGGGUUACGGCACUGGGCACUUUACGCAGGUGGUGUGGAAAAAGAGUGUGGAGCUGGGAAUAGGAAAAGCAGUCUCGGGACGGUGUACCUAUGUGGUUGGCCGCUAUAAGCCUGCAGGAAACGUGCUGAACAACUUCAGGGAAAAUGUUGCAAAGGGAAGCUUUGACUGGAGGAGCUAUUGUCGUGGUGGUGGAGGCGGUGGAGGUGGCGGUGGAGGAGGUGGAUGGCGCCCAGGAGGGUGGAGGCCUGUAGGGAAAGGAGAGGUGGCUGGAGGCCUCUAG